AUGCCAGACCCUACUAAGCCUUACCGCGUAGAAUGUGAUGCAUCGGACUUUGCCAUCGGCGCCGUAUUGUCACAACGCGGCAAGGAUAAUGAUUGGCAUCCAGUGGCGUAUCUCUCCCAUGCGCUCACCGCUCCAGAGCGCAACUACGACACCCAUGACAAAGAACUAUUGGCUAUCAUCCGCGCGCUCGAGGACUGGCGUCAUUAUCUGGAGGGUUCUCCUCAUCAGGUUGAGAUCUUUACCGACCACAAGAACCUCGAGUAUUUCACCACUGCGCAGAAGCUGAAUAGACGCCAGGCUCGGUGGGCCCUAUACCUAUCCCGCUUUGACUUCAUCCUCCGCCAUCGUCCGGGCCGAUACAACCACGCUGACCCCAUGUCCCGCCGUCCGGACCAUCGCCUUGGGGUCUCUGAGGACAACUCUAACCGCGUCCUGUUCCUGGUGGCCGAGGUGUCCAUUAAUGCCACCCAGCUGGUAUCCCUGGACGGGGUCAGGCAACGAAUCCUGGAUACAGACACGAAGGAUCAAGAGGUGACAGAAGCCCUAUGCAUCAUUGACGAGGAGGGACCGGCUGCACUGAAGCGCAAGCUUGUCGGCUGGGAACAGAAGGACGGUCUCCUCACAUACAAUGGUCGCCUCUAUAUCCCUGAAGAUCAGGACCUACAGCGCAACAUUGUGCGUCUUUGCCACGAUACACCAGCUGCGGGCCAUCCUGGACGCAUGCAUACGAUGGAACUCGUGCAGCGGGACUUCUGGUGGCCCGGUAUCGCAUGA